UUUCGCCGGGCUGCAGUGAGUGUUUAAUGGGUUCGCAAGGGCUGCUAUUAUGCCACUAAUGCGUUUCAUAAUGCCUUAUUGAAGGGGUUUCCCAGACAAUAUACAUUGGUUUCCAAGCUCUGGUUAACCAAUAUGCCGUACCAUUUGCGGUAAGGAUACUCAUCACAUAAUAUCCCUGACGAAAUUCACACCCGCAGCAGUUAAUUCGCAAUUGUGCAACGCGACAGACAGAACAAUGUGGCGGAAUCAUCUUAGUGUCAUCCUCCUGCGGCUGAUUCUGCACCUCGUGGAGGGAAUUGUGAAUCCGGCGAACGAGACGGCCAACACGGUGAUCUUCAUGCUGCCCGCCAAGGACAUCGGACCCGAGGUCUGGCAAGCCGGCGUGGACUGCCUCGACAGCUUCGCGCAGAUCUUCUUCUACCGCAAGCCGGUGGAGAGGUUCACCAGGGCCUACAACCUGAUGCUGGCCAACUCGUUCAACCUGACCAGCCCGGCGGACCAGAUCCAGGAGGGCUUCAGCAAGCUGAUCAACGAGGCGGCCACCAAUCCCGGCGAGCCCCUCCGCCAGGAGCUCUUCCAGAUGCGCGUGGUCACCGAUCACAGAAGGCACUCGAAGGGCAGCUACAUGGGCGAGCUGAUCUACGCGGACAACUACGUGUUCGUGGUGGACUCCGUGGAGCGGCUGCUCGGCAUGAUGGCCCGGUAUGUCAGCAAGAUGCGCUCCUGGAACCCUGGCGCCCGCUUCCUGGUGCUCUUCCACAACCCCCAGCUGCGGAAUCGUCCUUGGCGCGUCGCCUCCCAGAUCUUCAACGAGCUGAUGAACAGCUUCUACGUGCACCGCGUGGCCCUGCUGUACGCCAACUCCUCCACGGACUACAACAUCCUGGUGAACGACUACUACAGCAACGUGGACUGCCGGAUCCUGAACGUGCAGAGCCUGGGCCAAUGCCACGAUGGCCAGCUGUACCCCAGUCCCACUGCCGUCCACGCCUCCAUGCUGGACUACGUGGCGGGCUUCAGUCCGCGCAACUGCACCUUCCUCGUCUGCGCCUCCGUCUCGGCUCCCUUCGUGGAGGCCGACUGCAUCCUGGGCCUCGAGAUGCGGAUCCUCGGAUUCAUGAAGAACCGCCUGAACUUCUAUGUUAACCAAUCCUGCACGACGGAGUCGCGAGGCGAGAUGGACUCCGCGGGCAGCUGGAACGGGCUGCUGGGCAAGGUCACGGACAACGAGUGCGACUUCGUGAUGGGCGGCUUCUACCCGGACAACGAGGUGGCCGACUUCUUCUGGGGAUCGGACACCUACCUGCAGGACGCGCACACCUGGUACGUCAAGGUGGCCGAGCGGAGGCCCGCCUGGCAGGCGAUGGUGGGGAUCUUCGCGACCUACACCUGGAUCGGCUUCCUCCUGAUCCUGGUGCUCAGCUGGCUGAGCUGGUUCGCGCUGGUGCAGCUCCUGCCGGAGCCCAGGUACUACCAGCAGCUCAGUCUGACGGCGAUAAACGCGCUGGCCGUCUCGAUCUGCGUGGCCGUUCAGGAGCGACCGGUGUGCGAGGCCACGAGGGUGUUCUUCAUGGGCCUCACGCUCUACGGGCUGAACGUGGUGGCCACCUACACCUCCAAGAUGAUAGCCACCUUCCAGGACCCGGGCUACCUCCACCAGCUGGACGAGCUGACGGAGGUGGUGGCGGCGGGCAUUCCCUACGGCGGCCACGAGGAGAGCCGCGACUGGUUCGAGAACGAGGACGACAUGUGGAUCUUCAACGGGUACAACGUCUCGCCGGAGUUCACUCCGCAGACGAAGAACCUGGAGGCGGUGCGGUGGGGCAAGCGGUGCAUCCUGAGCAACCGGAUGUACACGAUGCAGAGUCGCCUGGCCGACGACAUCUACGCCUUCCCCCAGAACGUAUUCAGCAGCCCCCUGCAGAUGAUCAUGAAGGCGGGCUUCCCCUUCCUCUUCGAGAUCAACAGCAUCAUCCGCCUGAUGCGCGACGUGGGCAUCUUCCAGAAGAUCGACGCGGACUUCAGGUACAACAACACCUACCUCAACCGGAUCAACAAGAUGCGGCCGCAGUUCGCGGACACCGCCAUCGUCCUCACCACGGAGCACCUGAAGGGACCCUUCGGCAUCCUGGUGGUGGGCAUCUGCUGCGCCGCCCUCACGUUCCUCGGCGAGCUAAUGACCCGGCACUGGCGGUGCCAGCUGGUCACCAACAAGGGCAAGCCCGCCAGGAGGAUGGGGAGGAGGCGGAGGAGGGGGAAGCCAAGGACCAAGAAGGAGAGGAAGAACACGAAGGAUGGCCAGUGGCUGCGCCAAGUUCAAGUGGCUCCAGUCGUACGAUUUACGCCAGUCAAACGACGCAAAGUUUUGCAGGGACAAACAAGUCAAAAGUAAACUAACCCAACUAACUCGCAAGCUGGCUGCGAUAAAAUUGACUCAAUCCACAUAAAUUUGCAAUUGAGAGACACUGACUGUGACUCCGGCUGGCAGUUCCC